GAUCCCUGGGCAGCUCUUAUCAGUGUCUUGUGAACUUCCACAGAGCCGCACCAUGUUGAUCUUCUUGUCCUUGUUUUGUGUCGUCACGACGGCCGUGCAAGCAGAAUGUGGUCCUGGUUUUACGGGGCCUUGGUGUGAAACCAAGUGCAGUGACGGGUGUGCCGAUGGAAAAUGUACACUACACAACCACGGUGGCAUAUUGUGCUCCCAAGGUUGUAAGCAGGGGUGGGCUGGGGAGUCUUGUCGCACGCCCUGCGCAGAGCAUUGUAAACGUUGCAACCGAACUCGGAGCAAGGACUGCGAGGAAUGCCAGCAUUCCUAUUAUGGUGAUACUUGCGAUCGUAAAUGUGAGACGUGCGGACCGAUGGGUUGCAACAAAGAUGGCAUGUGUAAAGAGCGACCGGUCAAUUGUGAUGGUGGAGUAAUCUGUAGUGGGACAUGCAUCAAGAAAUGCCGUUUCUGCAACACAGAUGGAACAUGCAGCAAAUGCCAGUCGAACUAUGCGGGCGGGACUUGUGAGACACCUUGUCCGAACUGCCGUGGAAUAUGCACACAAGCUGGCUGUCCCGAUGGUUGCCGAUGUGGGUAUUAUGGACCAUUCUGUCAGACGCCAUGUAGCAGCAAGUGCUCUGAAUCUUGUGACAAUAUUAGAAGGUCAUCCAAUGACAUAUGCGACAAGCAUAAUGGAACUUGUCUUAAAGGUUGCAAAGAUGGACAUUUUGGAGAACGAUGCCAGCACAGGUGUAAUACCAAUUGUAAAGCCUGCAAACAGAUAGGUGGACAGUGCAUCCAAGGCUGUCACGAUGGGUACUAUGGGGAGAGCUGCGAAAAUGCUUGCGUCAACUGUAAACACGACAGAUGUGCAAGGAAUGGAUUCUGCCGUGUAUGUAAAAAUGGUUACUACGGCCCUGCCUGCAACAGCAAAUGUGAAUCCAUAUGCACGUUUGCAUGCGAGAGGUACUCUGGAGUCUGCCUGGGCCCAGCUACAAAAGUCCAUGAGAGCGUCGCUGUUCAGAGCCCGAGCGGGAACACAGCAAUCAGUGAGAGCGUCGCUGUUCAGAGCCCGAGCGGGAACACAGCAAUCAGUGAUUCAGCAGAAAUUGAGGCAGCAGAAACGAAAUCGAAAGAGGAGGAGGGUCUACCAUCCUUCGUGACCUGGCUGUGCGUUGCCCUUGGUGUCCUUGCAGUCAUCUCCCUGGCCUCCGUCGGCUUCUGCCACUACAGAUCCAAGACCAGGCGUUAUCGAAGGAAGAAAGACACCGCUCUCCUGACACGUAGUAUAAGUCAAGGGACUGACCCCGCCUCGGAGGUGCCUUCUGCAGUAACACCCAAUAAUGACUAUGAUGAAAUACCGGAAAUAUCUGAUGCAAUCACUGGUAUGACCCAAGUUAAUAUCGAUGAAGGUCAAAGCGUUUUGAAAGUAGGAGUGGCCCACUUUGCUGAGGACACUGCGGUGUUAGGCGGGGUAUGCAUGGGAGUCAAUAUGGGAAAAUGGAAAGAUGUGAAAUAUCUGUCUGUUUCUGAUACUGUUAUCCCCGAGGUAUACCUUGACAUCAUAGGGUGAUUGAGUUGUAACUCUAUUGUAACAGUGGUUACGUGUGUACAUAUGAUUUCGGCUUGGCUUAAUAUUUGAUGUCAGUGUUCCGCUUCAAAAUUGUUUUGGUCUUAUUUGUUGUUUAACGCCGAACUCAGCAAUAUUCAAUUUAUAUGACAACGGUCUGUAAAAUGCGAGUCUAGAUCAGACAAAACCGAUGACUAACAUCAUGAGCAUCACGGAAUUAGGAUACGGUGACAAGCAAUCAGCUCAGACACCGAGCCUGACCACCUGGCUCAAAUAGUCGUAUAUUUAAGCACAGGUUGCUGGUACCCUAUGUUCCUAGCGGAGUCUCAAUGGACAUACCUUUAUAAGAACAAUGCUGGAUGUUCAAUCGAUACUGAAUGAUGAGAAAUGAAAGUACGAGUCCCCAGUUCUGUGAAUAGUUUACAUGCAAUAGGAAACUAAUGUAUGUAAGUGCACAUAGAUAUUUGUCUUAUGUCAAAUUGAGAGACAGUGUUGGCACGCUGUUACGAUAUGCAAUAAAAGUUUGUUGUACAGAUGCGAUAUGUAUUAUAAGAUGUCCAUAUGCCGUAGUCAAAAUGCAGGUCUGUAGAGGAGGUAUCCGUGUGAUACUGCCUGUGUGAAAACACAUAACACCGUAUUCUAAUGGUGUGCUUUCCUUGACGUUUUUACCUUAUGUGCAAUGUCAUUUUGUACAUUUUUGCUGUUUUAUUGAUUUAACUGAGAACCUAGCAUAUGCAUUUGAUAAUAUUUCAAUAACGAUGUGCUUAAUUUCAAUAACACGUGAAUAUGUACUUUCAUAUUAUCAUGCUUUUAAGAAAUAAAAUA